UCUCCGCCGGUUGCCAUUUUUAGCCGCUUCAUUCUGCGUGAGAAGCCUGUGGUGUCAGUUAGUUUUGGACGUUCUGUUGUUUGAAAAAGUGAGGUUAAGAACCAGAUCUUUGUCAGUUAACAAAUAAAAUGGAGUUGUGAUUAGUAAUUACUGGCAUUUUAGACAUUUCUUCAAUAAUAUUGUAAUUUUUAAAAGUUGUAAUAAAUCAUACUAUGGCUGUUCCACCAGAAUUUGGCCCUGAUUCAGGAGGAAGACUAAAAGGAGUGACUAUUGUGAAACCCAUAGUUUACGGAAAUAUUGCACGUUACUUCGGGGAGAAGCGCAAGGAGGAUGGCCACACCCACCAGUGGACAGUCUAUGUGAAACCUUACCUCAACGAGGACAUGUCGUCUUAUGUCAAGAAAGUGCACUUCAAGCUGCACGAGAGCUACGCUAACCCCAACCGAGUGGUGACCAAGCCACCAUACGAAGUCACCGAGACUGGCUGGGGAGAGUUUGAAAUUGUCAUCAAGAUUUAUUUUCAUGACCCAAAUGAACGUCCGGUGACCCUGUACCACAUUCUGAAGCUGUUCCAAUCUGCGGCCGAUGUGAGCUUGGGCCGUAAGACACUUGUGUCUGAGUUCUACGAGGAGAUGGUGUUCCAAGAUCCCACAGCCUUCAUGCAGCACUUGCUGACGACAACACGCCAGAUCACUAUGGGCCCUUGGAAACAUGAUACUGACUUUGAAGAGAAAAAGGACAUGACAUUAGCGAAUAUAAUUGCGGCUGAGAACAAAAUUCGUCCUGAAAUAACGGAGCUGAAAGAGCGACUGAAAUUGGCAGAAGAAACUAUUUCAAAGUUCAAAGCAGAAAUAGCUGCAGCCUCAGUAGGCGCAUCAUCUGUCACAUAGUUUUUAAUAAUACACAUUGUAUUUAUAGGGUUAAAUAAAAUAUUGUUUUAUA